AUGGCGAAGAUUCGUCGUUUACGAAGGCGUCGCAAGGACAUCAAUCGUGAGGCGACUGAUCUCAUUCGAUCUGGUUUGCGGCGUGUGGAGGAGGUUGAGAAUGAGUAUCGUUCCGAGGUUCGUGGUUUGCAGAGUGCUAGCUCGGAAACUGUGGGUGCACUUCAUUCCCUGGGUGCUAUUGGCGUUGUGGAUUGGUCUGGCGUCGGUUUGGACGACUGGGGUCUAGAGACGUCCUCUGGUGCCAGUAUUGUUGGAGUUCUUCCUGAGCGUGUUCCAGGUUCUUAG